AUGCAGAAUCGGCAGCCAGCAGUGAACGUCAUGGAUUUUAUGGACUUCGAUCCGGAUGCUGUACGCCGGAUGGUUAAUUUCUUUUACAGUGGAGUACUGCCGUGCUCACUGGCUGAAGCACCCGAACUAUUGACUCUCGCCAUCAAACUUCAGGUACCGUCGGUGAAAGCAAUGAUCGAGAAAUUCGUUAUUCAGAAGGCCGCUGAGCUAGGCAGUCUGUUGGAUUGCUGGAAUAUCACCUGCAACAAGAAUUCUGAAUUCUCGAUCAGAGCCAAAGAUAUUGUGCUCAGCUAUGUGAUUCGAAACUUGGAGCAGAUGGUGCUGGAUCCACGUUUUUCGCAGCUGGACCAAAGCGCUGUUGAGGCGCUUCUGCGUCGCAACAAGUUGCCGGUCCGUACGGAAGCAGACGUCAUGCGUCUCGCGCUGAUAUAUUUCGUGCUCCGACAGGGGCACGUCAAUGCGCAAAGCUUAAUGAACGUGGUCCGUUACAACUGCGACGAUAACACCAUCAUUCAGAUGCGUCAGGACGUUAUGUGUGUUGAUGAUGAGAUGCUGCUCCACAGUUUCGAACACAAUUGCGCAUAUGGCAUGUGGCAGACAAGGCGAUUUUUCUCGGACGACGAUCUAUGGCCAGAAUCCGAGAUGUUGCCCCCGCGUGGACAGAUGGACGCUGACUGUAACUGGAUCCUGGCGCAGUUCUCCAGCAUGGUACAAUAUUUGCCAGCAUAA